UCGUGUCUCCUGAAUGUGGCCACCACCUGGUAAUGGUUCACAGCUGCGAAUAUAAAAGCACAGGCGUUCCUCGCAGACAUACUGCACUUUCAUUAUCAAUAACACCAAUCAGCAGUUCUACAUCAGUCUUUCACCCCCACCUGCAUCCAGAAAUGAAGAUCACUGCCUUUACCCUAGGAUUCCUCGCAGCCGCAGCCUCUGCUGCGCCAGCUGCCAACGCUGCCUCAGGUAAUAGCGCUUGCACCAAGACGCUUGCGCUCAAGAUCACCAACAUUUACGAGAACGGCGACACCAACUUCCACUACGACUACUGCGAGAACAUCAAGGACGGGCGCGGGUUCACCUCUGGCAUCUCCGGGUUCUGCACCGGCACUGCCGACGCAUGGGAGGUGGUCCAGCAGUACCACAAACUGACAGGCGGCAAGGACUCCUUCAGCAAGUACGACGGUGUACUGAAGAAGUAUGCCCAGUCCGGCAGUGACUCGACCAGCGGGCUCGACGGAUACUGCUCGGUGUGGUCGAAGCUGGGCAAGUCUGACGCAAAGUUCCGCAAGGCGCAGGACUCGAUCCGCGACAGCAUGUACUAUAACCCAUCGCAGAAGCUUGCGGACCAGCUCGGACUCAAGCUGAGCAUCAGCCGCGCGCAGCUGUACGACUGCGGCAUCCAGCACGGCACUGGAUCGGACGCCGACGGACUGGCUGGGCUGAUCAAGACCACCAACGCGUCGUUCAAGGCCGAUGCCAAGGGCAGCUCGGGUAGCACGCUAAAGAUCAACGGCCACAACGUCGACGAGGUUGCCUGGCUGACAAAGUUCCUGCAGGUGCGCACCAACGACCUGCUCCACCCGAAGGAGAAGGAGAACGCCUCGGGCGCAUGGAAGGAGACGCUGUACCGCGUAAAGUCGUACCAGUACGCUCUCAGCAAGAAGCAAUACAACUGGACCAAGUCGGUGCAAGUCCUCGACAACGAUGGCAAGCCUGUCACUGUCUCGUGCUGAG